AUGCUGGGUUUCUCCUGCAAUCUGACGGCACCACGUGCACUGGUAUGUGCUGCUGUGUGGUUCUGUGAGGUGCUUUGUAGUUUUGUGUGGUGGUGUGAGUUCUGUGUAGUGCUGUGUGGUGCUGUGUGGUCCUGUGUGGUGUUGUGCGGUGCUGUAUGGUGCUGCGUGGUGCUGUGUGGUGCUGUGCGCCGCUGUCUGCAACUGUGGAUCAUGCUUUCUCAUGCUCCCUCCCUUACGUCCACUCCCACGUUCUCUCUCUUCCUUCUUCCCAUCCAUUUGCUCAGUCUCUUUCCCUCCUCUUCUUUCCAUCCAUUUUCUCAAUCUCUUUCCCUCCUCUUCUUCCCAUCCAUUUGCUCAAUCUCUUUCCCUCCACUUCUUUCCAUCCAUUUUCUCAAUCUCUUUCCCUCCUCUUCUUCCCAUCCAUUUUCUCAAUCUCCGUUCCAUGUCAGUACCAAGAAUUUCUUCUUGCCAUUCUUUUGUCCUCCCGCAGAAGCGUGUGGGACCAAGAUCCCAAAGGCGUGUGGGACCAAGAUCUGCGAUCCCACGACUGACUGUGUGAGGGACGCUGCAGGCGGUGCAACCUGUGUGUGCAAGGUGGGCUAUCAGAGCAUCUCCGGCAAAUGUGUUGGCCCUACCACAUGUGGGAGCUGCCCUACAGGAGCCACAUGCACGGUUACUUCUAGCAAUGUGCCGUACUGCAUCUGUCCUCCCGGCUAUGGCAUGGGGCUCGUCUUGCAUCAGCGUCUCUUUCCCUCCUCUUCUUCCCAUCCAUUUUCUCAGUCUCUUUCCCUCCUCUUCUUCCCAUCCAUUUUCUCAGUCUCUUUCCCUCCUCUUCUUCCCAUCCAUUUUCUCAGUCUCUUUCCCUCCUCUUCUUCCCAUCCAUUUUCUCAAUCUCUUUCCCUCCUCUUCUUCCCAUCCAUUUUCUCAGUCUCUUUCCCUCCUCUUCUUCCCAUCCAUUUGCUCAGUCUCUUUCCCUCCUCUUCUUUCCAUCCAUUUUCUCAGUCUCUUUCCCUCCUCUUCUUCCCAUCCAUUUGCUCAGUCUCUUUCCCUCCUCUUCUUCCCAUCCAUUUUCUCAGUCUCUUUCCCUCCUCUUCUUCCCGUCCAUUUUCUCAGUCUCUUUCCCUCCUCUUCUUCCCAUCCAUUUUCUCAGUCUCUUUCCCUCCUCUUCUUCCCAUCCAUUUUCUCAAUCUCUUUCCCUCCUCUUCUUCCCAUCCAUUUUCUCAGUCUCUUUCCCUCCUCUUCUUCCCAUCCAUUUGCUCAGUCUCUUUCCCUCCUCUUCUUUCCAUCCAUUUUCUCAGUCUCUUUCCCUCCUCUUCUUCCCAUCCAUUUGCUCAGUCUCUUUCCCUCCUCUUCUUCCCAUCCAUUUCCUCAGUCUCUUUCCCUCCUCUUCUUCCCAUCCAUUUUCUCAGUCUCUUUCCCUCCUCUUCUUCCCAUCCAUUUUCUCAGUCUCUUUCCCUCCUCUUCUUCCCAUCCAUGUUCUCAAUCUCUUUCCCUCCUCUUCUUCCCAUCCAUUUUCUCAGUCUCUUUCCCUCCUCUUCUUCCCAUCCAUUUGCUCUGUCUCUUUCCCUCCUCUUCUUUCCAUCCAUUUUCUCAGUCUCUUUCCCUCCUCUUCUUCCCAUCCAUUUGCUCAGUCUCUUUCCCUCCUCUUCUUCCCAUCCAUUUUCUCAGUCUCUUUCCCUCCUCUUCUUCCCAUCCAUUUUCUUGCUGCUGGAGUUACUGGAGCUGGAGGUGCUGCUGGCGCUGGUGCUGCCGCUGGGGGUGCUGGUGCUGUUCUUUCCCUCCUCUUCUUCCCAUCCAUUUUCUCAGUCUCUUUCCCUCCUCUUCUUCCCAUCCAUUUUCUCAGUCUCUUUCCCUCCUCUUCUUCCCAUCCAUUUUCUCAAUCUCUUUCCCUCCUCUUCUUCCCAUCCAUUUUCUCAGUCUCUUUCCCUCCUCUUCUUCCCAUCCAUUUUCUCAAUCUCUUUCCCUCCUCUUCUUUCCAUCCAUUUUCUCAGUCUCUUUCCCUCCUCUUCUUCCCAUCCAUUUGCUCAGUCUCUUUCCCUCCUCUUCUUCCCAUCCAUUUUCUCAGUCUCUUUCCCUCCUCUUCUUCCCAUCCAUUUUCUUGCUGCUGGAGUUACUGGAGCUGGAGGUGCUGCUGGCGCUGGUGCUGCCGCUGGGGGUGCUGGUGCUGUUCUUUCCCUCCUCUUCUUCCCAUCCAUUUUCUCAGUCUCUUUCCCUCCUCUUCCUUCCAUCCAUUUUCUCAGUCUCUUUCCCUCCUCUUCUUCCCAUCCAUUUUCUCAGUCUCUUUCCCUCCUCUUCUUCCCAUCCAUUUUCUCAGUCUCUUUCCCUCCUCUUCUUCCCAUCCAUUUUCUCAAUCUCUUUCCCUCCUCUUCUUCCCAUCCAUUUUCUCAGUCUCUUUCCCUCCUCUUCUUCCCAUCCAUUUGCUCAGUCUCUUUCCCUCCUCUUCUUUCCAUCCAUUUUCUCAGUCUCUUUCCCUCCUCUUCUUCCCAUCCAUUUGCUCAGUCUCUUUCCCUCCUCUUCUUCCCAUCCAUUUUCUCAGUCUCUUUCCCUCCUCUUCUUCCCGUCCAUUUUCUCAGUCUCUUUUCCUCCUCUUCUUCCCAUCCAUUUUCUCAGUCUCUUUCCCUCCUCUUCUUCCCAUCCAUUUUCUCAAUCUCUUUCCCUCCUCUUCUUCCCAUCCAUUUUCUCAGUCUCUUUCCCUCCUCUUCUUCCCAUCCAUUUGCUCAGUCUCUCUCCCUCCUCUUCUUUCCAUCCAUUUUCUCAGUCUCUUUCCCUCCUCUUCUUCCCAUCCAUUUGCUCAGUCUCUUUCCCUCCUCUUCUUCCCAUCCAUUUUCUCAGUCUCUUUCCCUCCUCUUCUUCCCAUCCAUUUUCUCAGUCUCUUUCCCUCCUCUUCUUCCCAUCCAUUUUCUCAGUCUCUUUCCCUCCUCUUCUUCCCAUCCAUUUUCUCAAUCUCUUUCCCUCCUCUUCUUCCCAUCCAUUUUCUCAGUCUCUUUCCCUCCUCUUCUUCCCAUCCAUUUGCUCAGUCUCUUUCCCUCCUCUUCUUUCCAUCCAUUUUCUCAGUCUCUUUCCCUCCUCUUCUUCCCAUCCAUUUGCUCAUCUCUUUCCCUCCUCUUCUUCCCAUCCAUUUUCUCAAUCUCUUUCCCUCCUCUUCUUCCCAUCCAUUUUCUCAGUCUCUUUCCCUCCUCUUCUUCCCAUCCAUUUGCUCAAUCUCUUUCCCUCCUCUUCUUUCCAUCCAUUUUCUCAAUCUCUUUCCCUCCUCUUCUUCCCAUCCAUGUUCUCAAUCUCUUUCCCUCCUCUUCUUCCCAUCCAUUUUCUCAGUCUCUUUCCCUCCUCUUCUUCCCAUCCAUUUUCUCACUCUCUUUCCCUCCUCUUCUUCCCAUCCAUUUUCUCAGUCUCUUGCCCUCCUCUUCUUCCCAUCCAUUUUCUCAAUCUCUUUCCCUCCUCUUCUUUCCAUCCAUUUUCUCAGUCUCUUUCCCUCCUCUUCUUCCCAUCCAUUUGCUCAGUCUCUUUCCCUCCUCUUCUUUCCAUCCAUUUUCUCAGUCUCUUUCCCUCCUCUUCUUCCCAUCCAUUUGCUCAGUCUCUUUCCCUCCUCUUCUUCCCAUCCAUUUUCUCAGUCUCUUUCCCUCCUCUUCUUCCCAUCCAUUUUCUCAGUCUCUUUCCCUCCUGUUCUUCCCAUCCAUUUUCUCAGUCUCUUUCCCUCCUCUUCUUCCCAUCCAUUUUCUCAAUCUCUUUCCCUCCUCUUCUUCCCAUCCAUUUUCUCAGUCUCUUUCCCUCCUCUUCUUCCCAUCCAUUUGCUUAGUCUCUUUCCCUCCUCUUCUUUCCAUCCAUUUUCUCAGUCUCUUUCCCUCCUCUUCUUCCCAUCCAUUUGCUCAGUCUCUUUCCCUCCUCUUCUUCCCAUCCAUUUUCUCAGUCUCUUUCCCUCCUCUUCUUCCCAUCCAUUUUCUUGCUGCUGGAGUUACUGGAGCUGGAGGUGCUGCUGGCGCUGGUGCUGCCGCUGGGGGUGCUGGUGCUGUUCUUUCCCUCCUCUUCUUCCCAUCCAUUUUCUCAGUCACUUUCCCUCCUCUUCUUCCCAUCCAUUUUAUCAGUCUCUUUCCCUCCUCUUCUUCCCAUCCAUUUUCUCAAUCUCUUUACCUCCUCUUCUUCCCAUCCAUUUUCUCAGUCUCAUUCCCUCCUCUUCUUCCCAUCCAUUUGCUCAAUCUCUUUCCCUCCUCUUCUUUCCAUCCAUUUUCUCAAUCUCUUUCCCUCCUCUUCUUCCCAUCCAUUUUCUCAGUCUCUUUCCCUCCUCUUCUUCCCAUCCAUUUUCUCAGUCUCUUUCCCUCUUCUUCUUCCCAUCCAUUUUCUCAGUCUCUUUCCCUCCUCUUCUUCCCAUCCAUUUUCUCAGUCUCUUUCCCUCCUCUUCUUCCCAUCCAUUUUCUCAAUCUCUUUCCCUCCUCUUCUUCCCAUCCAUUUUCUCAGUCUCUUUCCCUCCUCUUCUUCCCAUCCAUUUUCUCAAUCUCUUUCCCUCCUCUUGUUCCCAUCCAUUGUCUUUCCCUCCUCUUCUUCCCAUCCAUUUGCUCAGUCUCUUUCCCUCCUCUUCUUUCCAUCCAUUUUCUCAGUCUCUUUCCCUCCUCUUCUUCCCAUCCAUUUGCUCAGUCUCUUUCCCUCCUCUUCUUCCCAUCCAUUUUCUCAGUCUCUUUCCCUCCUCUUCUUCCCAUCCAUUUUCUUGCUGCUGGAGUUACUGGAGCUGGAGGUGCUGCUGGCGCUGGUGCUGCCGCUGGGGGUGCUGGUGCUGUUCUUUCCCUCCUCUUCUUCCCAUCCAUUUUCUCAGUCUCUUUCCCUCCUCUUCUUCCCAUCCAUUUUCUCAGUCUCUUUCCCUCCCCUUCUUCCCAUCCAUUUUCUCAAUCUCUUUCCCUCCUCUUCUUCCCAUCCAUUUUCUCAGUCUCUUUCCCUCCUCUUCUUCCCAUCCAUUUGCUCAAUCUCUUUCCCUCCUCUUCUUUCCAUCCAUUUUCUCAAUCUCUUUCCCUCCUCUUCUUCCCAUCCAUGUUCUCAAUCUCUUUCCCUCCUCUUCUUCCCAUCCAUUUUCUCAGUCUCUUUCCCUCCUCUUCUUCCCAUCCAUUUUCUCAGUCUCUUUCCCUCCUCUUCUUCCCAUCCAUUUUCUCAGUCUCUUUCCCUCCUCUUCUUCCCAUCCAUUUGCUCAAUCUCUUUCCCUCCUCUUCUUCCCAUCCAUGUUCUCAGUCUCUUUCCCUCCUCUUCUUCCCAUCCAUUUGCUCAAUCUCUUUCCCUCCUCUUCUUUCCAUCCAUUUUCUCAAUCUCUUUCCCUCCUCUUCUUCCCAUCCAUGUUCUCAAUCUCUUUCCCUCCUCUUCUUCCCAUCCAUUUUCUCAAUCUCUUUCCCUCCUCUUCUUCCCAUCCAUUUUCUCAGUCUCUUUCCCUCCUCUUCUUCCCAUCCAUUUGCUCAGUCUCUUUCCCUCCUCUUCUUUCCAUCCAUUUUCUCAGUCUCUUUCCCUCCUCUUCUUCCCAUCCAUUUGCUCUGUCUCUUUCUCUCCUCUUCUUCCCAUCCAUUUUCUCAGUCUCUUUCCCUCCUCUUCUUCCCAUCCAUUUUCUCAGUCUCUUUCCCUUCUCUUCUUCCCAUCCAUUUUCUCAGUCUCUUUCCCUCCUCUUCUUCCCAUCCAUUUUCUCAAUCUCUUUCCCUCCUCUUCUUCCCAUCCAUUUUCUCAGUCUCUUUCCCUCCUCUUCUUCCCAUCCAUUUGCUGAGUCUCUUUCCCUCCUCUUCUUUCCAUCCAUUUUCUCAGUCUCUUUCCCUCCUCUUCUUCCCAUCCAUUUGCUCAGUCUCUUUCCCUCCUCUUCUUCCCAUCCAUUUUUUCAGUCUCUUUCCCUCCUCUUCUUCCCAUCCAUUUUCUCAGUCUCUUUCCCUUCUCUUCUUCCCAUCCAUUUUCUCAGUCUCUUUCCCUCCUCUUCUUCCCAUCCAUUUUCUCAAUCUCUUUCCCUCCUCUUCUUCCCAUCCAUUUGCUCAUCUCUUUCCCUCCUCUUCUUCCCAUCCAUUUGCUCAAUCUCUUUCCCUCCUCUUCUUCCCAUCCAUUUUCUCAGUCUCUUUCCCUCCUCUUCUUCCCAUCCAUUUGCUCAAUCUCUUUCCCUCCUCUUCUUCCCAUCCAUGUUCUCAGUCUCUUUCCCUCCUCUUCUUCCCAUCCAUUUGCUCAAUCUCUUUCCCUCCUCUUCUUUCCAUCCAUUUUCUCAAUCUCUUUCCCUCCUCUUCUUCCCAUCCAUGUUCUCAAUCUCUUUCCCUCCUCUUCUUCCCAUCCAUUUUCUCAAUCUCUUUCCCUCCUCUUCUUCCCAUCCAUUUGCUGAGUCUCUUUCCCUCCUCUUCUUCCCAUCCAUUUGCUCAAUCUCUUUCCCUCCUCUUCUUCCCAUCCAUGUUCUCAGUCUCUUUCCCUCCUCUUCUUCCCAUCCAUUUGCUCAAUCUCAUUCCCUCCUCUUCUUUCCAUCCAUUUUCUCAAUCUCUUUCCCUCCUCUUCUUCCCAUCCAUGUUCUCAAUCUCUUUCCCUCCUCUUCUUACCAUCCAUUUUCUCAAUCUCUUUCCCUCCUCUUCUUCCCAUCCAUUUUUUCAGUCUCUUUCCCCCCUCUUCUUCCCAUCCAUUUUCUCAGUCUCUUUCCCUCCUCUUCUUCCCAUCCAUUUUCUCAGUCUCUUUCCCUCCUCUUCUUCCCAUCCAUUUUCUCAAUCUCUUUCCCUCCUCUUCUUCCCAUCCAUUUUCUCAGUCUCUUUCCCUCCUCUUCUUCCCAUCCAUUUGCUCAAUCUCUUUCCCUCCUCUUCUUUCCAUCCAUUUUCUCAAUCUCUUUCCCUCCUCUUCUUCCCAUCCAUGUUCUCAAUCUCUUUCCCUCCUCUUCCUCCCAUCCAUUUUCUCAGUCUCUUUCCCUCCUCUUCUUUCCAUCCAUUUUCUCAGUCUCUUUCCCUCCUCUUCUUCCCAUCCAUUUGCUCAGUCUCUUUCCCUCCUCUUCUUCCCAUCCAUUUUCUUAGUCUCUUUCCCUCCUCUUCUUCCCAUCCUUUUUCUCAAUCUCUUUCCCUCCUCUUCUUCCCAUCCAUUUUCUCAGUCUCUUUCCCUCCUCUUCUUCCCAUCCAUUUGCUCCGUCUCUUUCCCUCCUCUUCUUUCCAUCCAUUUUCUCAGUCUCUUUCCCUCCUCUUCUUCCCAUCCAUUUGCUCAGUCUCUUUCCCUCCUCUUCUUCCCAUCCAUUUUCUCAGUCUCUUUCCCUCCUCUUCUUCCCAUCCAUUUUCUCAUUCUCUUUCCCUCCUCUUCUUUCCAUCCAUUUUCUCAGUCUCUUUCCCUCCUCUUCUUCCCAUCCAUUUUCUCAAUCUCUUUCCCUCCUCUUCUUCCCAUCCAUUUUCUCAGUCUCUUUCCCUCCUCUUCUUCCCAUCCAUUUGCUCAGUCUCUUUCCCUCCUCUUCUUUCCAUCCAUUUUCUUAGUCUCUUUCCCUCCUCUUCUUCCCAUCCAUUUGCUCAGUCUCUUUCCCUCCUCUUCUUCCCAUCCAUUUUCUCAGUCUCUUUCCUUCCUCUUCUUCCCAUCCAUUUUCUCAGUCUCUUUCCCUCCUCUUCUUCCCAUCCAUUUUCUCAGUCUCUUUCCCUCCUCUUCUUCCCAUCCAUUUUCUCAAUCUCUUUCCCUCCUCUUCUUCCCAUCCAUUUGCUCAGUCUCUUUCCCUCCUCUUCUUCCCAUCCAUUUUCUCAGUCUCUUUCCCUCCUCUUCUUCCCAUCCAUUUUCUCAGUCUCUUUCCCUCCUCUUCUUCCCAUCCAUUUUCUCAGUCUCUUUCCCUCCUCUUCUUCCCAUCCAUUUUCUCAAUCUCUUUCCCUCCUCUUCUUCCCAUCCAUUUUCUCAGUCUCUUUCCCUCCUCUUCUUCCCAUCCAUUUGCUCAAUCUCUUUCCCUCCUCUUCUUUCCACCCAUUUUCUCAAUCUCUUUCCCUCCUCUUCUUUCCACCCAUUUUCUCAAUCUCUUUCCCUCCUCUUCUUCCCAUCCAUGUUCUCAAUCUCUUUCCCUCCUCUUCUUCCCAUCCAUUUUCUCAGUCUCUUUCCCUCCUCUUCUUUCCAUCCAUUUUCUCAGUCUCUUUCCCUCCUCUUCUUCCCAUCCAUUUGCUCAGUCUCUUUCCCUCCUCUUCUUCCCAUCCAUUUUCUCAGUCUCUUUCCCUCCUCUUCUUCCCAUCCAUUUUCUCAGUCUCUUUCCCUCCUCUUCUUCCCAUCCAUUUUCUCAGUCUCUUUCCCUCCUCUUCUUCCCAUCCUUUUUCUCAAUCUCUUUCCCUCCUCUUCUUCCCAUCCAUUUUCUCAGUCUCUUUCCCUCCUCUUCUUCCCAUCCAUUUGCUCCGUCUCUUUCCCUCCUCUUCUUUCCAUCCAUUUUCUCAGUCUCUUUCCCUCCUCUUCUUCCCAUCCAUUUGCUCAGUCUCUUUCCCUCCUCUUCUUCCCAUCCAUUUUCUCAGUCUCUUUCCCUCCUCUUCUUCCCAUCCAUUUUCUCAGUCUCUUUCCCUCCUCUUCUUCCCAUCCAUUUUCUCAGUCUCUUUCCCUCCUCUUCUUCCCAUCCAUAUUCUCAAUCUCUUUCCCUCCUCUUCUUCCCAUCCAUUUUCUCAGUCUCUUUCCCUCCUCUUCUUCCCAUCCAUUUUCUCAGUCUCUUUCCCUCCUCUUCUUCCCAUCCAUUUUCUCAAUCUUUUUCCCUCCUCUUCUUCCCAUCCAUUUGCUCAGUCUCUUUCCCUCCUCUUCUUCCCAUCCAUUUUCUCAGUCUCUUUCCCUCCUCUUCUUCCCAUCCAUUUUCUCAGUCUCUUUCCCUCCUCUUCUUCCCAUCCAUUUUCUCAGUCUCUUUCCCUCCUCUUCUUCCCAUCCAUUUUCUCAAUCUCUUUCCCUCCUCUUCUUCCCAUCCAUUUUCUCAGUCUCUUUCCCUCCUCUUCUUCCCAUCCAUUUGCUCAAUCUCUUUCCCUCCUCUUCUUUCCACCCAUUUUCUCAAUCUCUUUCCCUCCUCUUCUUCCCAUCCAUGUUCUCAAUCUCUUUCCCUCCUCUUCUUCCCAUCCAUUUUCUCAGUCUCUUUCCCUCCUCUUCUUUCCAUCCAUUUUCUCAGUCUCUUUCCCUCCUCUUCUUCCCAUCCAUUUCCUCAGUCUCUUUCCCUCCUCUUCUUCCCAUCCAUUUUCUCAGUCUCUUUCCCUCCUCUUCUUCCCAUCCAUUUUCUCAGUCUCUUUCCCUCCUCUUCUUCCCAUCCAUUUUCUCAGUCUCUUUCCCUCCUCUUCUUCCCAUCCUUUUUCUCAAUCUCUUUCCCUCCUCUUCUUCCCAUCCAUUUUCUCAGUCUCUUUCCCUCCUCUUCUUCCCAUCCAUUUGCUCCGUCUCUUUCCCUCCUCUUCUUUCCAUCCAUUUUCUCAGUCUCUUUCCCUCCUCUUCUUCCCAUCCAUUUGCUCAGUCUCUUUCCCUCCUCUUCUUCCCAUCCAUUUUCUCAGUCUCUUUCCCUCCUCUUCUUCCCAUCCAUUUUCUCAGUCUCUUUCCCUCCUCUUCUUCCCAUCCAUUUUCUCAGUCUCUUUCCCUCCUCUUCUUCCCAUCCAUUUUCUCAAUCUCUUUCCCUCCUCUUCUUCCCAUCCAUUUUCUCAGUCUCUUUCCCUCCUCUUCUUCCCAUCCUUUUGCUCAGUCUCUUUCCCUCCUCUUCUUUCCAUCCAUUUUCUUAGUCUCUUUCCCUCCUCUUCUUCCCAUCCAUUUGCUCAGUCUCUUUCCCUCCUCUUCUUCCCAUCCAUUUUCUCAGUCUCUUUCCCUCCUCUUCUUCCCAUCCAUUUUCUCAGUCUCUUUCCCUCCUCUUCUUCCCAUCCAUUUUCUCAGUCUCUUUCCCUCCUCUUCUUCCCAUCCAUUUUCUCAAUCUCUUUCCCUCCUCUUCUUCCCAUCCAUUUUCUCUGUCUCUUUCCCUCCUCUUCUUCCCAUCCAUUUUCUCAUUCUCUUUCCCUCCUCUUCUUCCCAUCCAUUUGCUCAAUCUCUUUCCCUCCUCUUCUUCCCAUCCAUGUUCUCAGUCUCUUUCCCUCCUCUUCUUCCCAUCCAUUUGCUCAAUCUCUUUCCCUCCUCUUCUUCCCAUCCAUGUUCUCAGUCUCUUUCCCUCCUCUUCUUCCCAUCCAUUUGCUCAAUCUCUUUCCCUCCUCUUCUUUCCAUCCAUUUUCUCAAUCUCUUUCCCUCCUCUUCUUCCCAUCCAUGUUCUCAAUCUCUUUCCCUCCUCUUCUUCCCAUCCAUUUUCUCAAUCUCUUUCCCUCCUCUUCUUUCCAUCCAUUUUCUCAUCUCUUUCCCUCCUCUUCUUCCCAUCCAUUUUCUCUGUCUCUUUCCCUCCUCUUCUUCCCAUCCAUUUUCUCAUUCUCUUUCCCUCCUCUUCUUCCCAUCCAUUUGCUCAAUCUCUUUCCCUCCUCUUCUUCCCAUCCAUGUUCUCAGUCUCUUUCCCUCCUCUUCUUCCCAUCCAUUUGCUCAAUCUCUUUCCCUCCUCUUCUUCCCAUCCAUUUUCUCAAUCUCUUUCCCUCCUCUUCUUCCCAUCCAUUUGCUGAGUCUCUUUCCCUCCUCUUCUUCCCAUCCAUUUGCUCAAUCUCUUUCCCCCCUCUUCUUCCCAUCCAUGUUCUCAGUCUCUUUCCCUCCUCUUCUUCCCAUCCAUUUGCUCAAUCUCAUUCCCUCCUCUUCUUUCCAUCCAUUUUCUCAAUCUCUUUCCCUCCUCUUCUUCCCAUCCAUGUUCUCAAUCUCUUUCCCUCCUCUUCUUACCAUCCAUUUUCUCAAUCUCUUUCCCUCCUCUUCUUCCCAUCCAUUUUUUCAGUCUCUUUCCCUCCUCUUCUUCCCAUCCAUAUUCUCAAUCUCUUUCCCUCCUCUUCUUCCCAUCCAUUUUCUCAGUCUCUUUCCCUCCUCUUCUUCCCAUCCAUUUGCUCAAUCUCUUUCCCUCCUCUUCUUUCCAUCCAUUUUCUCAAUCUCUUUCCCUCCUCUUCUUCCCAUCCAUGUUCUCAAUCUCUUUCCCUCCUCUUCUUACCAUCCAUUUUCUCAAUCUCUUUCCCUCCUCUUCUUCCCAUCCAUUUUCUCAGUCUCUUUCCCUCCUCUUCUUCCCAUCCAUUUGCUGAGUCUCUUUCCCUCCUCUUCUUUCCAUCCAUUUUCUCAGUCUCUUUCCCUCCUCUUCUUCCCAUCCAUUUGCUCAGUCUCUUUCCCUCCUCUUCUUCCCAUCCAUUUUCUCAGUCUCUUUCCCUCCUCUUCUUCCCAUCCAUUUUCUCAGUCUCUUUCCCUCCUCUUCUUCCCAUCCAUUUUCUCAGUCUCUUUCCCUCCUCUUCUUCCCAUCCAUUUUCUCAAUCUCUUUCCCUCCUCUUCUUCCCAUCCAUUUUCUCAGUCUCUUUCCCUCCUCUUCUUCCCAUCCAUUUGCUCAGUCUCUUUCCCUCCUCUUCUUUCCAUCCAUUUUCUCAGUCUUUUUCCCUCCUCUUCUUCCCAUCCAUUUGCUCAGUCUCUUUCCCUCCUCUUCUUCCCAUCCAUUUUCUCAGUCUCUUUCCCUCCUCUUCUUCCCAUCCAUUUUCUCAGUCUCUUUCCCUCCUCUUCUUCCCAUCCAUUUUCUCAGUCUCUUUCCCUCCUCUUCUUCCCAUCCAUUUUCUCAAUCUCUUUCCCUCCUCUUCUUCCCAUCCAUUUUCUCAGUCUCUUUCCCUCCUCUUCUUCCCAUCCAUUUGCUCAAUCUCUUUCCCUCCUCUUCUUUCCAUCCAUUUUCUCAAUCUCUUUCCCUCCUCUUCUUCCCAUCCAUGUUCUCAAUCUCUUUCCCUCCUCUUCUUCCCAUCCAUUUUCUCAGUCUCUUUCCCUCCUCUUCUUCCCAUCCAUUUUCUCAGUCUCUUUCCCUCCUCUUCUUCCCAUCCAUUUUCUCAGUCUCUUUCCCUCCUCUUCUUCCCAUCCAUUUGCUCAAUCUCUUUCCCUCCUCUUCUUCCCAUCCAUGUUCUCAGUCUCUUUCCCUCCUCUUCUUCCCAUCCAUUUGCUCAAUCUCUUUCCCUCCUCUUCUUUCCAUCCAUUUUCUCAAUCUCUUUCCCUCCUCUUCUUCCCAUCCAUGUUCUCAAUCUCUUUCCCUCCUCUUCUUCCCAUCCAUUUUCUCAAUCUCUUUCCCUCCUCUUCUUCCCAUCCAUUUUCUCAGUCUCUUCCCCUCCUCUUCUUCCCAUCCAUUUGCUCAAUCUCUUUCCCUCCUCUUCUUUCCAUCCAUUUUCUCAAUCUCUUUCCCUCCUCUUCUUCCCAUCCAUGUUCUCAAUCUCUUUCCCUCCUCUUCUUACCAUCCAUUUUCUCAAUCUCUUUCCCUCCUCUUCUUCCCAUCCUUUUGCUGAGUCUCUUUCCCUCCUCUUCUUCCCAUCCAUUUUCUCAGUCUCUUUCCCUCCUCUUCAUCCCAUCCAUUUGCUCAAUCUCUUUCCCUCCUCUUCUUCCCAUCCAUGUUCUCUGUCUCUUUCCCUCCUCUUCUUCCCAUCCAUUUGCUCAAUCUCUUUCCCUCCUCUUCUUCCCAUCCAUGUUCUCAAUCUCUUUCCCUCCUCUUCUUCCCAUCCAUUUUCUCAAUCUCUUUCCCUCCUCUUCUUCCCAUCCAUUUUCUCAGUCUCUUUCCCUCCUCUUCUUCCCAUCCAUUUGCUCAAUCUCUUUCCCUCCUCUUCUUUCCAUCCAUUUUCUCAAUCUCUUUCCCUCCUCUUCUUCCCAUCCAUUUUCUCAGUCUCUUUCCCUCCUCUUCUUCCCAUCCAUUUUCUCAGUCUCUUUCCCUCCUCUUCUUCCCAUCCAUUUUCUCAGUCUCUUUCCCUCCUCUUCUUCCCAUCCAUUUUCUCAGUCUCUUUCCCUCCUCUUCUUCCCAUCCAUUUGCUCAGUCUCUUUCCCUCCUCUUCUUUCCAUCCAUUUUCUCAGUCUCUUUCCCUCCUCUUCUUCCCAUCCAUUUGCUCAGUCUCUUUCCCUCCUCUUCUUCCCAUCCAUUUUCUCAGUCUCUUUCCCUCCUCUUCUUCCCAUCCAUUUUCUCAGUCUCUUUCCCUCCUCUUCUUCCCAUCCAUUUUCUCAGUCUCUUUCCCUCCUCUUCUUCCCAUCCAUUUUCUCAAUCUCUUUCCCUCCUCUUCUUCCCAUCCAUUUUCUCAGUCUCUUUCCCUCCUCUUCUUCCCAUCCAUUUGCUCAAUCUCUUUCCCUCCUCUUCUUUCCAUCCAUUUUCUCAAUCUCUUUCCCUCCUCAUCUUCCCAUCCAUGUUCUCAAUCUCUUUCCCUCCUCUUCUUCCCAUCCAUUUUCUCAGUCUCUUUCCCUCCUCUUCUUCCCAUCCAUUUUCUCAGUCUCUUUCCCUCCUCUUCUUCCCAUCCAUUUUCUCAGUCUCUUUCCCUCCUCUUCUUCCCAUCCAUUUGCUCAAUCUCUUUCCCUCCUCUUCUUUCCAUCCAUUUUCUCAAUCUCUUUCCCUCCUCUUCUUCCCAUCCAUGUUCUCAAUCUCUUUCCCUCCUCUUCUUCCCAUCCAUUUUCUCAAUCUCUUUCCCUCCUCUUCUUCCCAUCCAUUUUCUCAGUCUCUUUCCUUCCUCUUCUUCCCAUCCAUUUGCUCAAUCUCUUUCCCUCCUCUUCUUUCCAUCCAUUUUCUCAAUCUCUUUCCCUCCUCUUCUUACCAUCCAUUUUCUCAAUCUCUUUCCCUCCUCUUCUUCCCAUCCUUUUGCUGAGUCUCUUUCCCUCCUCUUCUUCCCAUCCAUUUUCUCUGUCUCUUUCCCUCCUCUUCAUCCCAUCCAUUUGCUCAAUCUCUUUCCCUCCUCUUCUUCCCAUCCAUGUUCUCAGUCUCUUUCCCUCCUCUUCUUCCCAUCCAUUUGCUCAAUCUCUUUCCCUCCUCUUCUUUCCAUCCAUUUUCUCAAUCUCUUUCCCUCCUCUUCUUCCCAUCCAUGUUCUCAAUCUCUUUCCCUCCUCUUCUUCCCAUCCAUUUUCUCAAUCUCUUUCCCUCCUCUUCUUCCCAUCCAUUUGCUCAAUCUCUUUCCCUCCUCUUCUUUCCAUCCAUUUUCUCAAUCUCUUUCCCUCCUCUUCUUCCCAUCCAUUUUCUCAGUCUCUUUCCCUCCUCUUCUUCCCAUCCAUUUUCUCAGUCUCUUUCCCUCCUCUUCUUCCCAUCCAUUUUCUCAGUCUCUUUCCCUCCUCUUCUUCCCAUCCAUUUUCUCAGUCUCUUUCCCUCCUCUUCUUCCCAUCCAUUUUCUCAGUCUCUUUCCCUCCUCUUCUUCCCAUCCAUUUUCUCAAUCUCUUUCCCUCCUCUUCUUCCCAUCCAUUUUCUCAGUCUCUUUCCCUCCUCUUCUUCCCAUCCAUUUGCUCAGUCUCUUUCCCUCCUCUUCUUUCCAUCCAUUUUCUCAGUCUCUUUCCCUCCUCUUCUUCCCAUCCAUUUUCUCAGUCUCUUUCCCUCCUCUUCUUCCCAUCCAUUUUCUCAGUCUCUUUCCCUCCUCUUCUUCCCAUCCAUUUGCUCAAUCUCUUUCCCUCCUCUUCUUCCCAUCCAUGUUCUCAGUCUCUUUCCCUCCUCUUCUUCCCAUCCAUUUGCUCAAUCUCUUUCCCUCCUCUUCUUUCCAUCCAUUUUCUCAAUCUCUUUCCCUCCUCUUCUUCCCAUCCAUGUUCUCAAUCUCUUUCCCUCCUCUUCUUCCCAUCCAUUUUCUCAAUCUCUUUCCCUCCUCUUCUUCCCAUCCAUUUUCUCAGUCUCUUCCCCUCCUCUUCUUCCCAUCCAUUUGCUCAAUCUCUUUCCCUCCUCUUCUUUCCAUCCAUUUUCUCAAUCUCUUUCCCUCCUCUUCUUCCCAUCCAUGUUCUCAAUCUCUUUCCCUCCUCUUCUUACCAUCCAUUUUCUCAGUCUCUUUCCCUCCUCUUCUUCCCAUCCUUUUGCUGAGUCUCUUUCCCUCCUCUUCUUCCCAUCCAUUUUCUCAGUCUCUUUCCCUCCUCUUCAUCCCAUCCAUUUGCUCAAUCUCUUUCCCUCCUCUUCUUCCCAUCCAUGUUCUCAGUCUCUUUCCCUCCUCUUCUUCCCAUCCAUUUGCUCAAUCUCUUUCCCUCCUCUUCUUUCCAUCCAUUUUCUCAAUCUCUUUCCCUCCUCUUCUUCCCAUCCAUGUUCUCAAUCUCUUUCCCUCCUCUUCUUCCCAUCCAUUUUCUCAAUCUCUUUCCCUCCUCUUCUUCCCAUCCAUUUCCUCAGUCUCUUUCCCUCCUCUUCUUCCCAUCCAUUUGCUCAAUCUCUUUCCCUCCUCUUCUUUCCAUCCAUUUUCUCAAUCUCUUUCCCUCCUCUUCUUCCCAUCCAUUUUCUCAGUCUCUUUCCCUCCUCUUCUUCCCAUCCAUUUUCUCAGUCUCUUUCCCUCCUCUUCUUCCCAUCCAUUUUCUCAGUCUCUUUCCCUCCUCUUCUUCCCAUCCAUUUUCUCAGUCUCUUUCCCUCCUCUUCUUCCCAUCCAUUUGCUCAGUCUCUUUCCCUCCUCUUCUUUCCAUCCAUUUUCUCAGUCUCUUUCCCUCCUCUUCUUCCCAUCCAUUUGCUCAGUCUCUUUCCCUCCUCUUCUUCCCAUCCAUUUUCUCAGUCUCUUUCCCUCCUCUUCUUCCCAUCCAUUUUCUCAGUCUCUUUCCCUCCUCUUCUUCCCAUCCAUUUUCCCAGUCUCUUUCCCUCCUCUUCUUCCCAUCCAUUUUCUCAAUCUCUUUCCCUCCUCUUCUUCCCAUCCAUUUUCUCAGUCUCUUUCCCUCCUCUUCUUCCCAUCCAUUUGCUCAAUCUCUUUCCCUCCUCUUCUUUCCAUCCAUUUUCUCAAUCUCUUUCCCUCCUCAUCUUCCCAUCCAUGUUCUCAAUCUCUUUCCCUCCUCUUCUUCCCAUCCAUUUUCUCAGUCUCUUUCCCUCCUCUUCUUCCCAUCCAUUUUCUCAGUCUCUUUCCCUCCUCUUCUUCCCAUCCAUUUUCUCAGUCUCUUUCCCUCCUCUUCUUCCCAUUCAUUUGCUCAAUCUCUUUCCCUCCUCUUCUUCCCAUCCAUGUUCUCAGUCUCUUUCCCUCCUCUUCUUCCCAUCCAUUUGCUCAAUCUCUUUCCCUCCUCUUCUUUCCAUCCAUUUUCUCAAUCUCUUUCCCUCCUCUUCUUCCCAUCCAUGUUCUCAAUCUCUUUCCCUCCUCUUCUUCCCAUCCAUUUGCUCAAUCUCUUUCCCUCCUCUUCUUUCCAUCCAUUUUCUCAAUCUCUUUCCCUCCUCUUCUUACCAUCCAUUUUCUCAAUCUCUUUCCCUCCUCUUCUUCCCAUCCUUUUGCUGAGUCUCUUUCCCUCCUCUUCUUCCCAUCCAUUUUCUCAGUCUCUUUCCCUCUUCUUCAUCCCAUCCAUUUGCUCAAUCUCUUUCCCUCCUCUUCUUCCCAUCCAUGUUCUCAGUCUCUUUCCCUCCUCUUCUUCCCAUCCAUUUGCUCAAUCUCUUUCCCUCCUCUUCUUUCCAUCCAUUUUCUCAAUCUCUUUCCCUCCUCUUCUUCCCAUCCAUGUUCUCAAUCUCUUUCCCUCCUCUUCUUCCCAUCCAUUUUCUCAAUCUCUUUCCCUCCUCUUCUUCCCAUCCAUUUUCUCAGUCUCUUUCCCUCCUCUUCUUCCCAUCCAUUUGCUCAAUCUCUUUCCCUCCUCUUCUUUCCAUCCAUUUUCUCAAUCUCUUUCCCUCCUCUUCUUCCCAUCCAUUUUCUCAGUCUCUUUCCCUCCUCUUCUUCCCAUCCAUUUUCUCAGUCUCUUUCCCUCCUCUUCUUCCCAUCCAUUUUCUCAGUCUCUUUCCCUCCUCUUCUUCCCAUCCAUUUUCUCAGUCUCUUUCCCUCCUCUUCUUCCCAUCCAUUUGCUCAGUCUCUUUCCCUCCUCUUCUUUCCAUCCAUUUUCUCAGUCUCUUUCCCUCCUCUUCUUCCCAUCCAUUUGCUCAGUCUCUUUCCCUCCUCUUCUUUCCAUCCAUUUUCUCAAUCUCUUUCCCUCCUCUUCUUCCCAUCCAUGUUCUCAAUCUCUUUCCCUCCUCUUCUUCCCAUCCAUUUUCUCAAUCUCUUUCCCUCCUCUUCUUCCCAUCCAUUUUCUCAGUCUCUUUCCUUCCUCUUCUUCCCAUCCAUUUGCUCAAUCUCUUUCCCUCCUCUUCUUUCCAUCAAUUUUCUCAAUCUCUUUCCCUCCUCUUCUUCCCAUCCAUGUUCUCAAUCUCUUUCCCUCCUCAUCUUACCAUCCAUUUUCUCAAUCUCUUUCCCUCCUCUUCUUCCCAUCCUUUUGCUGAGUCUCUUUCCCUCCUCUUCUUCCCAUCCAUUUUCUCAGUCUCUUUCCCUCCUCUUCAUCCCAUCCAUUUGCUCAAUCUCUUUCCCUCCUCUUCUUCCUAUCCAUGUUCUCAGUCUCUUUCCCUCCUCUUCUUCCCAUCCAUUUGCUCAAUCUCUUUCCCUCCUCUUCUUUCCAUCCAUUUUCUCAAUCUCUUUCCCUCCUCUUCUUCCCAUCCAUGUUCUCAAUCUCUUUCCCUCCUCUUCUUCCCAUCCAUUUUCUCAAUCUCUUUCCCUCCUCUUCUUCCCAUCCAUUUUCUCAGUCUCUUUCUCUCCUCUUCUUCCCAUCCAUUUGCUCAAUCUCUUUCCCUCCUCUUCUUUCCAUCCAUUUUCUCAAUCUCUUUCUCUCCUCUUCUUCCCAUCCAUUUUCUCAGUCUCUUUCCCUCCUCUUCUUUCCAUCCAUUUGCUCAGUCUCUUUCCCUCCUCUUCUUCCCAUCCAUUUGCUCAGUCUCUUUCCCUCCUCUUCUUUCCAUCCAUUUUCUCAGUCUCUUUCCCUCCUCUUCUUCCCAUCCAUUUGCUCAGUCUCUUUCCCUCCUCUUCUUCCCAUCCAUUUUCUCAGUCUCUUUCCCUCCUCUUCUUCCCAUCCAUUUUCUCAGUCUCUUUCCCUCCUCUUCUUCCCAUCCAUUUUCUCAGUCUCUUUCCCUCCUCUUCUUCCCAUCCAUUUUCUCAGUCUCUUUCCCUCCUCUUCUUCCCAUCCAUUUGCUCAAUCUCUUUCCCUCCUCUUCUUUCCAUCCAUUUUCUCAAUCUCUUUCCCUCCUCAUCUUCCCAUCCAUGUUCUCAAUCUCUUUCCCUCCUCUUCUUCCCAUCCAUUUUCUCAGUCUCUUUCCCUCCUCUUCUUCCCAUCCAUUUUCUCAGUCUCUUUCCCUCCUCUUCUUCCCAUCCAUUUUCUCAGUCUCUUUCCCUCCUCUUCUUCCCAUCCAUUUGCUCAAUCUCUUUCCCUCCUCUUCUUCCCAUCCAUGUUCUCAGUCUCUUUCCCUCCUCUUCUUCCCAUCCAUUUGCUCAAUCUCUUUCCCUCCUCUUCUUCCCAUCCAUUUUCUCAAUCUCUUUCCCUCCUCUUCUUCCCAUCCAUGUUCUCAAUCUCUUUCCCUCCUCUUCUUCCCAUCCAUUUUCUCAGUCUCUUUCCCUCCUCUUCUUCCCAUCCAUUUUCUCAGUCUCUUUCCUUCCUCUUCUUCCCAUCCAUUUGCUCAAUCUCUUUCCCUCCUCUUCUUUCCAUCCAUUUUCUCAAUCUCUUUCCCUCCUCUUCUUCCCAUCCAUGUUCUCAAUCUCUUUCCCUCCUCUUCUUACCAUCCAUUUUCUCAAUCUCUUUCCCUCCUCUUCUUCCCAUCCUUUUGCUGAGUCUCUUUCCCUCCUCUUCUUCCCAUCCAUUUUCUCAGUCUCUUUCCCUCCUCUUCAUCCCAUCCAUUUGCUCAAUCUCUUUCCCUCCUCUUCUUCCUAUCCAUGUUCUCAGUCUCUUUCCCUCCUCUUCUUCCCAUCCAUUUGCUCAAUCUCUUUCCCUCCUCUUCUUUCCAUCCAUUUUCUCAAUCUCUUUCCCUCCUCUUCUUCCCAUCCAUGUUCUCAAUCUCUUUCCAUCCUCUUCUUCCCAUCCAUUUUCUCAAUCUCUUUCCCUCCUCUUCUUCCCAUCCAUUUUCUCAGUCUCUUUCCCUCCUCUUCUUCCCAUCCAUUUGCUCAAUCUCUUUCCCUCCUCUUCUUUCCAUCCAUUUUCUCAAUCUCUUUCUCUCCUCUUCUUCCCAUCCAUUUUCUCAGUCUCUUUCCCUCCUCUUCUUCCCAUCCAUUUUCUCAGUCUCUUUCCCUCCUCUUCUUCCCAUCCAUUUGCUCAGUCUCUUUCCCUCCUCUUCUUUCCAUCCAUUUUCUCAGUCUCUUUCCCUCCUCUUCUUCCCAUCCAUUUGCUCAGUCUCUUUCCCUCCUCUUCUUCCCAUCCAUUUUCUCAGUCUCUUUCCCUCCUCUUCUUCCCAUCCAUUUUCUCAGUCUCUUUCCCUCCUCUUCUUCCCAUCCAUUUUCUCAGUCUCUUUCCCUCCUCUUCUUCCCAUCCAUUUUCUCGGUCUCUUUCCCUCCUCUUCUUCCCAUCCAUUUUCUCAGUCUCUUUCCCUCCUCUUCUUCCCAUCCAUUUUCUCAGUCUCUUUCCCUCCUCUUCUUCCCAUCCAUUUGCUCAGUCUCUUUCCCUCCUCUUCUUCCCAUCCAUUUUCUCAGUCUCUUUCCCUCCUCUUCAUCCCAUCCAUUUGCUCAAUCUCUUUCCCUCCUCUUCUUCCUAUCCAUGUUCUUAGUCUCUUUCCCUCCUCUUCUUCCCAUCCAUUUGCUCAAUCUCUUUCCCUCCUCUUCUUUCCAUCCAUUUUCUCAAUCUCUUUCGUCCUCUUCUUCCCAUCCAUUUUCUCAAUCUCUUUCCCUCCUCUUCUUCCCAUCCAUUUUCUCAGUCUCUUUCCCUCCUCUUCUUCCCAUCCAUUUGCUCAAUCUCUUUCCCUCCUCUUCUUUCCAUCCAUUUUCUCAAUCUCUUUCUCUCCUCUUCUUCCCAUCCAUUUUCUCAGUCUCUUUCCCUCCUCUUCUUCCCAUCCAUUUUCUCAGUCUCUUUCCCUCCUCUUCUUCCCAUCCAUUUGCUCAUCUCUUUCCCUCCUCUUCUUCCCAUCCAUUUUCUCAGUCUCUUUCCCUCCUCUUCUUCCCAUCCAUUUUCUCAAUCUCUUUCCCUCCUCUUCUUCCCAUCCAUUUUCUCAGUCUCUUUCCCUCCUCUUCUUCCCAUCCAUUUGCUCAAUCUCUUUCCCUCCUCUUCUUUCCAUCCAUUUUCUCAAUCUCUUUCCCUCCUCUUCUUCCCAUCCAUGUUCUCAAUCUCUUUCCCUCCUCUUCUUCCCAUCCAUUUUCUCAGUCUCUUUCCCUCCUCUUCUUCCCAUCCAUUUUCUCAGUCUCUUUCCCUCCUCUUCUUCCCAUCUAUUUUCUCAGUCUCUUUCCCUCCUCUUCUUCCCAUCCAUUUGCUCAAUCUCUUUCCCUCCUCUUCUUCCCAUCCAUGUUCUCAGUCUCUUUCCCUCCUCUUCUUCCCAUCCAUUUGCUCAAUCUCUUUCCCUCCUCUUCUUUCCAUCCAUUUUCUCAAUCUCUUUCCCUCCUCUUCUUCCCAUCCAUUUUCUCAAUCUCUUUCCCUCCUCUUCUUCCCAUCCAUUUUCUCAAUCUCUUUCCCUCCUCUUCUUCCCAUCCAUUUUCUCAGUCUCUUCCCCUCCUCUUCUUCCCAUCCAUUUGCUCAAUCUCUUUCCCUCCUCUUCUUUCCAUCCAUUUUCUCAAUCUCUUUCCCUCCUCUUCUUCCCAUCCAUGUUCUCAAUCUCUUUCCCUCCUCUUCUUACCAUCCAUUUUCUCAAUCUCUUUCCCUCCUCUUCUUCCCAUCCUUUUGCUGAGUCUCUUUCCCUCCUCUUCUUCCCAUCCAUUUUCUCAGUCUCUUUCCCUGCUCUUCAUCCCAUCCAUUUGCUCAAUCUCUUUCCCUCCUCUUCUUCCCAUCCAUGUUCUCAGUCUCUUUCCCUCCUCUUCUUCCCAUCCAUUUGCUCAAUCUCUUUCCCUCCUCUUCUUUCCAUCCAUUUUCUCAAUCUCUUUCCCUCCUCUUCUUCCCAUCCAUGUUCUCAAUCUCUUUCCCUCCUCUUCUUCCCAUCCAUUUUCUCAAUCUCUUUCCCUCCUCUUCUUCCCAUCCAUUUUCUCAGUCUCUUUCCCUCCUCUUCUUCCCAUCCAUUUGCUCAAUCUCUUUCCCUCCUCUUCUUUCCAUCCAUUUUCUCAAUCUCUUUCCCUCCUCUUCUUCCCAUCCAUUUUCUCAGUCUCUUUCCCUCCUCUUCUUCCCAUCCAUUUUCUCAGUCUCUUUCCCUCCUCUUCUUCCCAUCCAUUUUCUCAGUCUCUUUCCCUCCUCUUCUUCCCAUCCAUUUUCUCAGUCUCUUUCCCUCCUCUUCUUCCCAUCCAUUUGCUCAGUCUCUUUCCCUCCUCUUCUUUCCAUCCAUUUUCUCAGUCUCUUUCCCUCCUCUUCUUCCCAUCCAUUUGCUCAGUCUCUUUCCCUCCUCUUCUUCCCAUCCAUUUUCUCAGUCUCUUUCCCUCCUCUUCUUCCCAUCCAUUUUCUCAGUCUCUUUCCCUCCUCUUCUUCCCAUCCAUUUUCUCAGUCUCUUUCCCUCCUCUUCUUCCCAUCCAUUUUCUCAAUCUCUUUCCCUCCUCUUCUUCCCAUCCAUUUUCUCAGUCUCUUUCCCUCCUCUUCUUCCCAUCCAUUUGCUCAAUCUCUUUCCCUCCUCUUCUUUCCAUCCAUUUUCUCAAUCUCUUUCCCUCCUCAUCUUCCCAUCCAUGUUCUCAAUCUCUUUCCCUCCUCUUCUUCCCAUCCAUUUUCUCAGUCUCUUUCCCUCCUCUUCUUCCCAUCCAUUUUCUCAGUCUCUUUCCCUCCUCUUCUUCCCAUCCAUUUUCUCAGUCUCUUUCCCUCCUCUUCUUCCCAUUCAUUUGCUCAAUCUCUUUCCCUCCUCUUCUUCCCAUCCAUGUUCUCAGUCUCUUUCCCUCCUCUUCUUCCCAUCCAUUUGCUCAAUCUCUUUCCCUCCUCUUCUUUCCAUCCAUUUUCUCAAUCUCUUUCCCUCCUCUUCUUCCCAUCCAUGUUCUCAAUCUCUUUCCCUCCUCUUCUUCCCAUCCAUUUGCUCAAUCUCUUUCCCUCCUCUUCUUUCCAUCCAUUUUCUCAAUCUCUUUCCCUCCUCUUCUUACCAUCCAUUUUCUCAAUCUCUUUCCCUCCUCUUCUUCCCAUCCUUUUGCUGAGUCUCUUUCCCUCCUCUUCUUCCCAUCCAUAUUCUCAGUCUCUUUCCCUCCUCUUCAUCCCAUCCAUUUGCUCAAUCUCUUUCCCUCCUCUUCUUCCCAUCCAUGUUCUCAGUCUCUUUCCCUCCUCUUCUUCCCAUCCAUUUGCUCAAUCUCUUUCCCUCCUCUUCUUUCCAUCCAUUUUCUCAAUCUCUUUCCCUCCUCUUCUUCCCAUCCAUGUUCUCAAUCUCUUUCCCUCCUCUUCUUCCCAUCCAUUUUCUCAAUCUCUUUCCCUCCUCUUCUUCCCAUCCAUUUUCUCAGUCUCUUUCCCUCCUCUUCUUCCCAUCCAUUUGCUCAAUCUCUUUCCCUCCUCUUCUUUCCAUCCAUUUUCUCAAUCUCUUUCCCUCCUCUUCUUCCCAUCCAUUUUCUCAGUCUCUUUCCCUCCUCUUCUUCCCAUCCAUUUUCUCAGUCUCUUUCCCUCCUCUUCUUCCCAUCCAUUUUCUCAGUCUCUUUCCCUCCUCUUCUUCCCAUCCAUUUUCUCAGUCUCUUUCCCUCCUCUUCUUCCCAUCCAUUUGCUCAGUCUCUUUCCCUCCUCUUCUUUCCAUCCAUUUUCUCAGUCUCUUUCCCUCCUCUUCUUCCCAUCCAUUUGCUCAGUCUCUUUCCCUCCUCUUCUUUCCAUCAAUUUUCUCAAUCUCUUUCCCUCCUCUUCUUCCCAUCCAUGUUCUCAAUCUCUUUCCCUCCUCUUCUUCCCAUCCAUUUUCUCAAUCUCUUUCCCUCCUCUUCUUCCCAUCCAUUUUCUCAGUCUCUUUCCUUCCUCUUCUUCCCAUCCAUUUGCUCAAUCUCUUUCCCUCCUCUUCUUUCCAUCAAUUUUCUCAAUCUCUUUCCCUCCUCUUCUUCCCAUCCAUGUUCUCAAUCUCUUUCCCUCCUCAUCUUACCAUCCAUUUUCUCAAUCUCUUUCCCUCCUCUUCUUCCCAUCCUUUUGCUGAGUCUCUUUCCCUCCUCUUCUUCCCAUCCAUUUUCUCAGUCUCUUUCCCUCCUCUUCAUCCCAUCCAUUUGCUCAAUCUCUUUCCCUCCUCUUCUUCCUAUCCAUGUUCUCAGUCUCUUUCCCUCCUCUUCUUCCCAUCCAUUUGCUCAAUCUCUUUCCCUCCUCUUCUUUCCAUCCAUUUUCUCAAUCUCUUUCCCUCCUCUUCUUCCCAUCCAUGUUCUCAAUCUCUUUCCCUCCUCUUCUUCCCAUCCAUUUUCUCAAUCUCUUUCCCUCCUCUUCUUCCCAUCCAUUUUCUCAGUCUCUUUCUCUCCUCUUCUUCCCAUCCAUUUGCUCAAUCUCUUUCCCUCCUCUUCUUUCCAUCCAUUUUCUCAAUCUCUUUCUCUCCUCUUCUUCCCAUCCAUUUUCUCAGUCUCUUUCCCUCCUCUUCUUUCCAUCCAUUUGCUCAGUCUCUUUCCCUCCUCUUCUUCCCAUCCAUUGGCUCAGUCUCUUUCCCUCCUCUUCUUUCCAUCCCUUUUCUCAGUCUCUUUCCCUCCUCUUCUUCCCAUCCAUUUGCUCAGUCUCUUUCCCUCCUCUUCUUCCCAUCCAUUUUCUCAGUCUCUUUCCCUCCUCUUCUUCCCAUCCAUUUUCUCAGUCUCUUUCCCUCCUCUUCUUCCCAUCCAUUUUCUCAGUCUCUUUCCCUCCUCUUCUUCCCAUCCAUUUUCUCAGUCUCUUUCCCUCCUCUUCUUCCCAUCCAUUUGCUCAAUCUCUUUCCCUCCUCUUCUUUCCAUCCAUUUUCUCAAUCUCUUUCCCUCCUCAUCUUCCCAUCCAUGUUCUCAAUCUCUUUCCCUCCUCUUCUUCCCAUCCAUUUUCUCAGUCUCUUUCCCUCCUCUUCUUCCCAUCCAUUUUCUCAGUCUCUUUCCCUCCUCUUCUUCCCAUCCAUUUUCUCAGUCUCUUUCCCUCCUCUUCUUCCCAUCCAUUUGCUCAAUCUCUUUCCCUCCUCUUCUUCCCAUCCAUGUUCUCAGUCUCUUUCCCUCCUCUUCUUCCCAUCCAUUUGCUCAAUCUCUUUCCCUCCUCUUCUUCCCAUCCAUUUUCUCAAUCUCUUUCCCUCCUCUUCUUCCCAUCCAUGUUCUCAAUCUCUUUCCCUCCUCUUCUUCCCAUCCAUUUUCUCAGUCUCUUUCCCUCCUCUUCUUCCCAUCCAUUUUCUCAGUCUCUUUCCUUCCUCUUCUUCCCAUCCAUUUGCUCAAUCUCUUUCCCUCCUCUUCUUUCCAUCCAUUUUCUCAAUCUCUUUCCCUCCUCUUCUUCCCAUCCAUGUUCUCAAUCUCUUUCCCUCCUCUUCUUACCAUCCAUUUUCUCAAUCUCUUUCCCUCCUCUUCUUCCCAUCCUUUUGCUGAGUCUCUUUCCCUCCUCUUCUUCCCAUCCAUUUUCUCAGUCUCUUUCCCUCCUCUUCAUCCCAUCCAUUUGCUCAAUCUCUUUCCCUCCUCUUCUUCCUAUCCAUGUUCUCAGUCUCUUUCCCUCCUCUUCUUCCCAUCCAUUUGCUCAAUCUCUUUCCCUCCUCUUCUUUCCAUCCAUUUUCUCAAUCUCUUUCCCUCCUCUUCUUCCCAUCCAUGUUCUCAAUCUCUUUCCCUCCUCUUCUUCCCAUCCAUUUUCUCAAUCUCUUUCCCUCCUCUUCUUCCCAUCCAUUUUCUCAGUCUCUUUCCCUCCUCUUCUUCCCAUCCAUUUGCUCAAUCUCUUUCCCUCCUCUUCUUUCCAUCCAUUUUCUCAAUCUCUUUCUCUCCUCUUCUUCCCAUUUAUUUUCUCAGUCUCUUUCCCUCCUCUUCUUCCCAUCCAUUUUCUCAGUCUCUUUCCCUCCUCUUCUUCCCAUCCAUUUGCUCAGUCUCUUUCCCUCCUCUUCUUUCCAUCCAUUUUCUCAGUCUCUUUCCCUCCUCUUCUUCCCAUCCAUUUGCUCAGUCUCUUUCCCUCCUCUUCUUCCCAUCCAUUUUCUCAGUCUCUUUCCCUCCUCUUCUUCCCAUCCAUUUUCUCAGUCUCUUUCCCUCCUCUUCUUCCCAUCCAUUUUCUCAGUCUCUUUCCCUCCUCUUCUUCCCAUCCAUUUUCUCGGUCUCUUUCCCUCCUCUUCUUCCCAUCCAUUUUCUCAGUCUCUUUCCCUCCUCUUCUUCCCAUCCAUUUUCUCAGUCUCUUUCCCUCCUCUUCUUCCCAUCCAUUUGCUCAGUCUCUUUCCCUCCUCUUCUUCCCAUCCAUUUUCUCAGUCUCUUUCCCUCCUCUUCAUCCCAUCCAUUUGCUCAAUCUCUUUCCCUCCUCUUCUUCCUAUCCAUGUUCUUAGUCUCUUUCCCUCCUCUUCUUCCCAUCCAUUUGCUCAAUCUCUUUCCCUCCUCUUCUUUCCAUCCAUUUUCUCAAUCUCUUUCGUCCUCUUCUUCCCAUCCAUUUUCUCAAUCUCUUUCCCUCCUCUUCUUCCCAUCCAUUUUCUCAGUCUCUUUCCCUCCUCUUCUUCCCAUCCAUUUGCUCAAUCUCUUUCCCUCCUCUUCUUUCCAUCCAUUUUCUCAAUCUCUUUCUCUCCUCUUCUUCCCAUCCAUUUUCUCAGUCUCUUUCCCUCCUCUUCUUCCCAUCCAUUUUCUCAGUCUCUUUCCCUCCUCUUCUUCCCAUCCAUUUGCUCAGUCUCUUUCCCUCCUCUUCUUCCCAUCCAUUUUCUCAGUCUCUUUCCCUCCUCUUCUUCCCAUCCAUUUUCUCAGUCUCUUUCCCUCCUCUUCUUCCCAUCCAUUUUCUCAGUCUCUUUCCCUCCUCUUCUUCCCAUCCAUUUUCUCAAUCUCUUUCCCUCCUCUUCUUCCCAUCCAUUUUCUCAGUCUCUUUCCCUCCUCUUCUUCCCAUCCAUUUGCUCAAUCUCUUUCCCUCCUCUUCUUUCCAUCCAUUUUCUCAAUCUCUUUCCCUCCUCUUCUUCCCAUCCAUGUUCUCAAUCUCUUUCCCUCCUCUUCUUCCCAUCCAUUUUCUCAGUCUCUUUCCCUCCUCUUCUUCCCAUCCAUUUUCUCAGUCUCUUUCCCUCCUCUUCUUCCCAUCUAUUUUCUCAGUCUCUUUCCCUCCUCUUCUUCCCAUCCAUUUGCUCAAUCUCUUUCCCUCCUCUUCUUCCCAUCCAUGUUCUCAGUCUCUUUCCCUCCUCUUCUUCCCAUCCAUUUGCUCAAUCUCUUUCCCUCCUCUUCUUUCCAUCCAUUUUCUCAAUCUCUUUCCCUCCUCUUCUUCCCAUCCAUUUUCUCAAUCUCUUUCCCUCCUCUUCUUCCCAUCCAUUUUCUCAAUCUCUUUCCCUCCUCUUCUUCCCAUCCAUUUUCUCAGUCUCUUCCCCUCCUCUUCUUCCCAUCCAUUUGCUCAAUCUCUUUCCCUCCUCUUCUUUCCAUCCAUUUUCUCAAUCUCUUUCCCUCCUCUUCUUCCCAUCCAUGUUCUCAAUCUCUUUCCCUCCUCUUCUUACCAUCCAUUUUCUCAAUCUCUUUCCCUCCUCUUCUUCCCAUCCUUUUGCUGAGUCUCUUUCCCUCCUCUUCUUCCCAUCCAUUUUCUCAGUCUCUUUCCCUCCUCUUCAUCCCAUCCAUUUGCUCAAUCUCUUUCCCUCCUCUUCUUCCCAUCCAUGUUCUCAGUCUCUUUCCCUCCUCUUCUUCCCAUCCAUUUGCUCAAUCUCUUUCCCUCCUCUUCUUUCCAUCCAUUUUCUCAAUCUCUUUCCCUCCUCUUCUUCCCAUCCAUGUUCUCAAUCUCUUUCCCUCCUCUUCUUCCCAUCCAUUUUCUCAAUCUCUUUCCCUCCUCUUCUUCCCAUCCAUUUUCUCAGUCUCUUUCCCUCCUCUUCUUCCCAUCCAUUUGCUCAAUCUCUUUCCCUCCUCUUCUUUCCAUCCAUUUUCUCAAUCUCUUUCCCUCCUCUUCUUCCCAUCCAUUUUCUCAGUCUCUUUCCCUCCUCUUCUUCCCAUCCAUUUUCUCAGUCUCUUUCCCUCCUCUUCUUCCCAUCCAUUUUCUCAGUCUCUUUCCCUCCUCUUCUUCCCAUCCAUUUUCUCAGUCUCUUUCCCUCCUCUUCUUCCCAUCCAUUUGCUCAGUCUCUUUCCCUCCUCUUCUUUCCAUCCAUUUUCUCAGUCUCUUUCCCUCCUCUUCUUCCCAUCCAUUUGCUCAGUCUCUUUCCCUCCUCUUCUUCCCAUCCAUUUUCUCAGUCUCUUUCCCUCCUCUUCUUCCCAUCCAUUUUCUCAGUCUCUUUCCCUCCUCUUCUUCCCAUCCAUUUUCUCAGUCUCUUUCCCUCCUCUUCUUCCCAUCCAUUUUCUCAAUCUCUUUCCCUCCUCUUCUUCCCAUCCAUUUUCUCAGUCUCUUUCCCUCCUCUUCUUCCCAUCCAUUUGCUCAAUCUCUUUCCCUCCUCUUCUUUCCAUCCAUUUUCUCAAUCUCUUUCCCUCCUCAUCUUCCCAUCCAUGUUCUCAAUCUCUUUCCCUCCUCUUCUUCCCAUCCAUUUUCUCAGUCUCUUUCCCUCCUCUUCUUCCCAUCCAUUUUCUCAGUCUCUUUCCCUCCUCUUCUUCCCAUCCAUUUUCUCAGUCUCUUUCCCUCCUCUUCUUCCCAUUCAUUUGCUCAAUCUCUUUCCCUCCUCUUCUUCCCAUCCAUGUUCUCAGUCUCUUUCCCUCCUCUUCUUCCCAUCCAUUUGCUCAAUCUCUUUCCCUCCUCUUCUUUCCAUCCAUUUUCUCAAUCUCUUUCCCUCCUCUUCUUCCCAUCCAUGUUCUCAAUCUCUUUCCCUCCUCUUCUUCCCAUCCAUUUGCUCAAUCUCUUUCCCUCCUCUUCUUUCCAUCCAUUUUCUCAAUCUCUUUCCCUCCUCUUCUUACCAUCCAUUUUCUCAAUCUCUUUCCCUCCUCUUCUUCCCAUCCUUUUGCUGAGUCUCUUUCCCUCCUCUUCUUCCCAUCCAUUUUCUCAGUCUCUUUCCCUCCUCUUCAUCCCAUCCAUUUGCUCAAUCUCUUUCCCUCCUCUUCUUCCCAUCCAUGUUCUCAGUCUCUUUCCCUCCUCUUCUUCCCAUCCAUUUGCUCAAUCUCUUUCCCUCCUCUUCUUUCCAUCCAUUUUCUCAAUCUCUUUCCCUCCUCUUCUUCCCAUCCAUGUUCUCAAUCUCUUUCCCUCCUCUUCUUCCCAUCCAUUUUCUCAAUCUCUUUCCCUCCUCUUCUUCCCAUCCAUUUUCUCAGUCUCUUUCCCUCCUCUUCUUCCCAUCCAUUUGCUCAAUCUCUUUCCCUCCUCUUCUUUCCAUCCAUUUUCUCAAUCUCUUUCCCUCCUCUUCUUCCCAUCCAUUUUCUCAGUCUCUUUCCCUCCUCUUCUUCCCAUCCAUUUUCUCAGUCUCUUUCCCUCCUCUUCUUCCCAUCCAUUUUCUCAGUCUCUUUCCCUCCUCUUCUUCCCAUCCAUUUUCUCAGUCUCUUUCCCUCCUCUUCUUCCCAUCCAUUUGCUCAGUCUCUUUCCCUCCUCUUCUUUCCAUCCAUUUUCUCAGUCUCUUUCCCUCCUCUUCUUCCCAUCCAUUUGCUCAGUCUCUUUCCCUCCUCUUCUUCCCAUCCAUUUUCUCAGUCUCUUUCCCUCCUCUUCUUCCCAUCCAUUUUCUCAGUCUCUUUCCCUCCUCUUCUUCCCAUCCAUUUUCUCAGUCUCUUUCCCUCCUCUUCUUCCCAUCCAUUUUCUCAAUCUCUUUCCCUCCUCUUCUUCCCAUCCAUUUUCUCAGUCUCUUUCCCUCCUCUUCUUCCCAUCCAUUUGCUCAAUCUCUUUCCCUCCUCUUCUUUCCAUCCAUUUUCUCAAUCUCUUUCCCUCCUCAUCUUCCCAUCCAU